CCGGACCCAGCGCGCACUCACAAGUCCACUGCGCCCCAGGCCGACCCGCCCGCCCCUCGGCUGCACAGGGAACCCCGGCGCCUCAGAUCCCGCGCCCCCGCCGCGGAGGUGAGCGGACCCGGGCGCCCUGCGGUCCCCACGCCCCACUGAACCUGGGUUGUGGGGUCGCUCCGGAGAUAUUGGGGCGCGCGCCGCCACGGCCCCGCGGGCGCUGGAACUGCCGCCGAGAAGCCCCGGCAGGGAUAAAGCAGCACCAUGGACUGGGGCACCUUGCACACAUUCAUCGGGGGUGUGAACAAGCACUCCACCAGCAUCGGCAAGGUGUGGAUCACUGUCAUCUUCAUCUUCCGGGUCAUGAUCCUGGUGGUGGCUGCUCAAGAAGUGUGGGGAGAUGAGCAGGAAGAUUUUGUCUGCAAUACCUUGCAACCUGGCUGCAAAAAUGUGUGCUAUGACCACUUCUUCCCGGUUUCCCACAUCCGUCUUUGGGCCCUGCAGCUCAUCUUUGUCUCCACCCCGGCGCUGCUGGUAGGGAUGCAUGUGGCCUACAACAGACACGAAGCAGCCCGCAAGUUUAGGCGAGGAGAGAAACGGAGUGAAUUCAAAGACUUAGAAGACAUUAAAAAGCAGAAGGUUCGGAUUGAGGGGUCCCUGUGGUGGACGUACACCAGUAGCAUUUUUUUCCGAAUCGUCUUUGAAGCAUGCUUUAUGUAUGUGUUUUACUUCCUUUACAAUGGGUACCACCUGCCCUGGGUAUUGAAAUGUGGAAUUGACCCUUGCCCCAAUCUUGUCGACUGCUUUAUUUCUAGACCUACUGAGAAAACCGUAUUCACCAUUUUUAUGAUUUCUGCAUCUGUGAUUUGUGUGCUGCUUAAUGUGGCCGAGUUGUGCUACCUGUUACUGAAACUGUGUUUUAGGAGAUCAAAAAGAGCACGGAUGCAAAGAAAUCACCCCAAUCAUGCUAUGAAAGAGAGUAAGCAAAAUGAAAUGAAUGAGCUUAUUUCAGAUAGCGGACAAAAUGCAAUCACGGGUUUUCCCAGCUAAACAUUUUAAAGCACAACAUAGCUGACUCAUAAUAAAAUUGGGAUGGCCUCCUGAAGGCAUACUGACCUAAAAAUCCCCUCUCUAGGCUGAAGACUUUGUCUUUGUACAUGACUUUCAUAAUACACAGCUACUUGAGUUAAUUUUUGGUAGAAUAAUUAUGCCAUUAAUAUGCAAAGUGGUCCAUCUCAGAAAACUAAGACAGGCUGACAACUGUGCCUUGAAGUACAAACUUUAACAUGUUUGUUUUAAUCAGACCACCUGACAUCGUGUGUUGUGAAAAUUUAAGUGCAUCAUGAUUGCUGACAAAGACAAUUUAUCUAUAAAUUGAUAGUUUUAUUAGUAAAAGAUAUUUUUAUAGUAUUGAAGUUUUCUAGUUCUCACUUAAAUUUAUAUAAAAUAUUUUUAUAAUUUCUGGUCUUUCUUACCUAGAAAAACAUGGUGUUAGUUUUAGAACUAUACCCUAAGCAUCAAAAUUUUGAAUUUAUACAGGAUCUUUUUUGUUGUAAAUAUUGUUUUUACAAUAUUUGUUAUGUCUAUUGACAAAUAUAUGAACUAUCAUGAUACUCUCAAGGUGGAAAGUGUUCAUUGUACAAUAUGUUUUACUACUUUCUGAAUGUAAACAGACCUGUCUGGAAGCAGGAAACUUUUCUUAACUUGCCUAUUUGCAAUCAUUGUGAACAACUCACUUCUGAAUGUGCUUGCUUCAAUAAAGAUUAGCCCGCUACUUCAA